AUGUACCGCAUGGGAUCAUGGCUGUAUGGCCGCAAUUCCGCCAACUCGUCGUCACAGUCCCUCGACUCAGUUCAACAGAUUCUGGACCUUGAACAGGCUAUGGCUGCGGCGACGUUGAUUCUCAAUGAUGAUGUCGAAGGUGCUGAAUCAGGUCUAAGUGAGGGCGACUCAACCUUCCACAAGACCGGCAAGGGUGUCGUGGGCUUCAUUCGAGCGACCUUAGGGUUCGAACAAGAAAUAAUGCGCCAAGCCGCCGAGCGUCUCGCCGAAGCUGAGAACAGUGCGUACAACGAUCACCAACGAGUCAUCCACGUUUCAAGCACUCCAAAUGCCUUUCGCUCACAGAUUUAUGACCCUGGUACUGAGUACGCACUUUGCCAGGCAAUGGUGCAACUCUUGGCAGCAGUCGUCGGUGUUCUCAAUGAAAGUCUUACAGAAAGUCUGAAAGGAUUUUACAAAAUGCGAAAAGCAUAUAUGACCCUGGAUGGUAUCCUUAAAAUGGAAGAAAGAUAUUUGCAGAACAAGCGCUCGAAGAGUUCACCACUGAAUGGAUUGGCCUCAGAGUCCAACACACCAUCAACAACUACCUCUUCUGCUCAAAGUCCUAACCAAUCAAGUCAAGACCUUGCUAAAGAUAUAGCUCAACUCAAGAUUGUGGACGAAAACUCAGGAGACGCACUUUUGCAGGGGCCCAAUGUAGAGGACUUCAGCAACCCAAUUGACAUUUUCAUUCACUCGAAUUCCAACGCAUGUUUUGGCAUGUUGCUCGUCAUGCUUUCUAUGAUCCCUCCUACCUUCAGUCGCUUACUGGCUAUUAUCGGUUUCCGAGGUGACAAAGAACGUGGAUUGCGCAUGCUGUGGCAAGCAAGUAAAUUUCAUAGCCUGGUUGGAGCCAUCGCUGCCUUGGCUCUCUUAGGGUACUACAAUGGCUUCGUUCGAUUCUGCGAUAUCAUUCCGGAUGUUACAACUGAUGAUGAAGCUGGGAUCGAAGGUUAUCCAGUAGAGAGGCUAUCGGUCUUGCUUCAAAAGAUGCGAGCACGGUACCCAAAAAGUCAGCUAUGGUUGCUCGAGGAGUCUCGGAUGAAAGGUGCCAAUCGCGAUCUUGAAUCAGCCUUGGAAUUGUUGAAGAACAGCAAAAAAAGCCCGCUCAAACAAGUUGACGGCCUGCAAAAUUUUGAGAAAAGCAUGGACGCAAUGUACCUGCAUAGGUACGAGGAGUGCGCGAGCUUUUUCAUUAAGUGUGUGGAACUCAACUCUUGGUCCCCCGCUCUGUAUUAUUACAUCGCUGGAUCCGCUUAUGUAGUUCUAUAUCGUCAAACAGCCGCGACAGACGCAACAGCUGCUAAGGAAUACGCCAAACAGGCUCGAGAAUGUCUCCGCAAAGCACCGACACUAGCAGGCAAGAAACGUCUAAUGGCCCGCCAAUUACCAUUUGAUGUUUUCGUCACUCGCAAAGUCGCUAGGUGGGAGACUCGUGCCAAGGAGUGGAACGUAGAUUUAGUAGAGGCCGCUGCGGCUGGAGUAGACCCGAUUGAAGAAAUGAUUUUCUUCUGGAACGGCUACAGUCGAAUGCGAAAAGAGGAGCUAGAAGAAUCUCUUGAGAAAUUGGCAUGGUCCGAGAGCGAUGCGAACAAAUUGUGGAGCAAGCAAAAUGAAGACGAAAAAGCCAUUCUCUCCGUGCUUCGGGCAGGGGUUCUACGGUCCUUGCGCAGACAUCGGGAGGCCAAGCAGAUUCUACAGAAGAAAGUCUUUUCUCACGACCGAUCCCUUUUUAAGGGCCAUUUGCAAGAAAAUUGGAUUCUGCCGGUGGCACACUUUGAAAUGGCCGCGAAUUUGUGGAUGGAGCGCCCGAACUAUGUGGCAGCUCACAGUCCAAGCGAUUCCGCCUUGAAGCCUACAGUAUCAAAAACAUCGGGCCCAUCUCUGUCUGAAACGGAAUCGGAUAUACUAGAACGCGAAAUGGUCCAGGAGUGUGAAGAACAUCUAGAAAAGGUCGCAAAGUGGGAAUCCUAUGAUCUGGACACUCGCAUCGGGCUCAAAGUUACGUCUGCCAAAGGGGCUGUUCGGAAGUGGCAUGUGGCCCAUCCUGCAGCUGUUUGA